AUCUCUCUCUCAGAUCACACACAAAAAGUCACAACCUUUACCCAAAACCCAGCUUCUAAAUUUAGCAACAAAACCCCAAAGGUCUCAACUUUGCAUCUCUGUUGUAUGGAUUUGAAGUAAACAAGGAAGCAAUGGAGCAACUAAAAGUAGAAAUGGAGGAAGAAACGGUGACGUUUUGUGGUUCUGCUGCAGCUUCUUCGUCUGUGGGAUCAUCGUCGUCUCCGAGACCAAUGGAGGGUUUAAACGAAACAGGGCCACCGCCGUUUCUGACCAAGACUUACGAAAUGGUGGAGGAUCCGGCGACAGACACGGUGGUGUCUUGGAGUAAUGGUCGGAACAGCUUUGUGGUUUGGGAUUCUCAUAAGUUCUCAACUACUCUGCUUCCUCGUUACUUCAAGCAUAGCAAUUUCUCGAGUUUUAUUCGUCAGCUUAAUACUUAUGGAUUUAGAAAGAUUGAUCCAGAUAGAUGGGAAUUUGCGAAUGAAGGGUUUUUAGCAGGACAGAAGCAUCUAUUGAAGAACAUCAAACGAAGGAGAAACAUGGGGUUGCAGAAUGUGAAUCAGCAAGGGUCGGGAUCUGGAUCAGGGAUGUCCUGUGUUGAAGUUGGGCAAUACGGGUUUGAUGGGGAGAUAGAGAGGCUGAAGAGGGAUCAUGGUGUUCUUGUAGCUGAGGUAGUUAGGCUGAGACAGCAACAACACAGCUCCAAGAGUCAAGUUGCAGCAAUGGAGCAACGUUUGCUUGCUACAGAGAAGAGACAGCAGCAGAUGAUGACGUUCCUCGCUAAGGCGUUGAACAAUCCGAACUUUGUACAGCAGUUUGCUUUGAUGAGUAAAGAGAAGAAGAGUAUGUUUGGUUUGGAUGUUGGAAGGAAACGUAGGCUUACUUCUACUCCAAGCUUGGGGACUAUGGAGGAGAAUUUGUUACAUGAUCAGGGGUUUGAUGGGAUGAAGGAUGAUAUGGAGAGUUUACUCGCUGCAGCUAUCGAUAAUGAGUCGAGUAAUUUGGUUCCUAGUAAGGAGGAACAGUGUUUGGAGGCUAUGAAUGGGAUGAUGGAAGAUGAUAAUCUAGAGUUGGAUGUAAAAGUUGAAGAUUUGGUUGGUUCACCUUUGGAUUGGGACAGUCAAGAUCUACAUGAUAUGGUUGAUCAAAUGGGUUUUCUUGGUUCAGAACCUUGACUAUACAACACUUAACACGUCUACUUUGUUCUAAGUUGUGGUCUCGAGAGAGCAACAUGAGUAUCAAGUUCCGAGUGUUACUAUUAGUACUCUUGCGCUCAGCACUUAGAGGGAAGAUCUGAAUUUAGUAACUUUUGUUAAGUUUGUUUGUGAAAAGAGACAAGAUACUAUAAAAGUGUUUCUCAA